AUCUGCCUGCCCGGGUAAAUAUCCGGAUCCGAGAUUCGGCCGGCGGCUCUACUCUCUCUCUCUCUCUCUCUCUCUCUCUGUCCCUCUGCUGUAUAUACAGACGGGGGAUUGGAAGACGACGAUGGCGAACGAGCGUAGAAAUUGGUUUGAUUCGUAAAACCGAAGGAAUCUUUUGGCUUAAACAAACGCAGAGAGAACCACCAGCUGAAUCCACCGUCACCAAACUACGGACCAAACCCCGAGCCUUCAAAAGCCUGGCUCUCGAGAUCGUCUCUCUCUCUCUACUCUCUGUGGAAAGAAGAACUGAGGAGAGAGAAAUGAAGCUCUCGUUGCUGCACCAGAGCUACAUCGGCCGACGAAGCAACAGCUUCAGGGGAUCCCCGCCGCUGGACGGCUCCGCUGAUGGCGGAGCGAAGUCGCCAGCGGCGGUGUUCUGGCUGGUUGUACAUUGCCUCUGCUGCCUCAUCAGCCUUGUCCUGGGGUUCAGAUUCUCUCGCCUUGUCUGCUUCUUGCUUUUCUCCACCGCCAAUACCAACAUCAACCUGUACUCAACUUCGGCGUUCCGCACCACCGCGGCGAUCGCGGAUUCACUGACGUCUUCAUCCAUUAGUUCGCCGCCGAAUCGGACAGUCACUUCGAGUAGCCGAGUGGUGGUUGGGCGGCACGGGAUCCUGAUCCGGCCGUGGCCGCAUCCGGAUCCGGAGGAGGUCAUGAAGGCUCACCGGAUAAUUGAGAGGGUUCAGAUGGAGCAGAGGCUUCAGUAUGGCGUAAAAAACCCUAAGACUUUGAUUGCUGUAACUCCGACUUAUGUCCGGACUUUCCAGACUCUACAUCUGACUGGAUUGAUGCAUUCGCUGAUGAAUGUCCCUUACGAUCUCAUCUGGAUUGUUGUUGAAGCCGGGGGAACCACCAACGAGACUGCUUCGUUGCUUGUCAAGUCGGGGCUUCGGACUAUCCACAUUGGAUUGAAUGAGAAGAUUCCGAUUUCGUGGGACGAUCGCCAUCGGAUGGAGACUCGGAUGCGACUUCGAGCUUUGAGAGUUGUGAGAGAAGAGAAACUAGAUGGACUAGUCAUGUUUGCGGAUGAUAGUAAUAUGCAUAGUCUGGAGCUUUUUGAUGAGAUCCAAAAGGUGGAAUGGAUUGGGGCUCUUUCGGUUGGCAUUCUUGCUCAUUCGGGUAAUUCUGAUGAAGAGGCAUCGGGAAUUCAUAAGGAAGAUAUAGGGAGCUCGCUUGUGCCCAUUCAAGGUCCUGUAUGUAAUUCAUCUGACAAGUUGGCGGGCUGGCAUACUUUUAAUUCCUUGCCGCAUCUAGGGAAGAGCGCAAAUUAUAUUGGGGACAAGGCAACUGUGUUGCCAAGGAAGCUGGAAUGGUCUGGAUUUGUGCUGAAUUCCAGGUUGCUGUGGAAGGAAGCGGACCAUAAGCCAGAGUGGGUUAAGGAUCUAGAUACAGUGGCAGGAGACGGGGAAGAUAUCGACAGUCCAUUAUCUCUGCUGAAGAACCCUUCAGUGGUGGAGCCUCUGGGCAGCUGUGGCCGCAAGGUUUUGCUGUGGUGGCUCCGUGUUGAAGCUCGUGCAGAUAGCAAGUUCCCUGCCCGAUGGACCAUUGAACCUCCAUUGGAGGUCACAGUCCCAGCAAGACGCACGCCAUGGCCAGAUACCCCGCCUGAACUUCCAUCUAAUGACAAACCAACUGCAGUAAUUGAGGAAAACCGGGAGAAGGGUACUGCAAAAACUCGAUCCCACAGAUCCAGACGUAGUUCCAGAAGUAAGCAAAAGCGCGAAGCAAGAUUAGCAGACACACAGGCCUCGGCAAGGCGCCCUGGUGAAAAAUAAAACCUUCGUCUUAGCCUAGGGAUGCUUCAAAACAUAUACAUACAGUCAUGACACUUGGGGGAGUUGAGUUGGGGCCGGCCUUUCACCUUCAGCACCGACCAAUUUGCAGAUAAAACAAAUGAGUACAUAUUGUGAUGAUGAGAUUUGCAUUUCAAACUUAUUUUUCCCUUUUAGUUUCAUGAAAGCAGUAUCUCAGCUGACCCUGACCCUUGCUGAGUUGCUGUUUUUCUUGCUUGUAUUGUAUUCAGCAUACAUAAUUUUCAGAAUAUAGAUCACAGAUUGUGAUGUUGCAUUGCAUUUCCCAUUUGAAGAAAGCUUCUGUUGUUAUGGUUUGGAAGAAUUUGAAGGCGGAAUUUGGCAGUCAGUUGCCAUACCAAAGGAGAAUCAUCUUUCACCAUCUUGAAGCAAAGGAAAAGAAAAUGGACGAGCUUAUCAUCUCAAACAAUAUCAUAUUUUCCAGGACAAUAUUCUAGUGUCCUUUAAAAGAAAAUUCCUCUUUUUCUCAUGUGGAUGGGCAUCUAAACAUUUCUUUGUUAUGAAUAA